AUGGUUUCAUCCCAGAAAUUUGGGCAAAUGAUGAAGGGGAAGACACCCAGUUCGUUCCUCUUCAUCGUCUUAUUGCUUUCCAUCGUCGUCAUCAAUGGCGAUGGGUCUCUCUUUGUUAACUCAAACCCUAGUCAUGACGAAGAUGAUUCCAUUACAUUCGAUUUAAUCCACAGGGAGUCUCCCAAAUGGCCUGGGAAUGAAGACCAGCCUCCCAAAAGCCAAAGAGAAAUCAUCAAAGAGCGACACCUCCGUGACAUUAAACGCCAGCAAGCGAAAGAGGUCACAUACCCGCUACGAAAGGAUGGCGCCGGUAUCAAAUUGAAGGUGGAGUCGGGUGCAGAUAUAGAACUUGGGGGCUACCUGGCGGAAGUUUACAUCGGAACACCUCCCCGGAAAUUGACGUUGCUUUUAGAUACAGCGAGUGAUAUCACAUGGCUCAAUUGCAAAUAUGACUGUAACGAUUGUCUUCAUGCACGACAUAGAGACAAUUUUUAUGGAAAACACGAACGAUACUAUACAGGAGAAGGAAAAAAAAGCGUCCGAGUAUUUCAGGCCGAUCGAUCUUCGACUUUCAAGCCUGUACCGUGCAGUACUAUUCAGUGCCGUGCGCUAAGGGAAAUGGGGUCAGUGGGUUUCUGCCCUUCUCCAUCUGCGCAUUGUAUGUAUAAUAUGAGCUACUUGGGAGGGGAUAUUGCAGCAGGUUUCUUCGGCGAAGACAUUGUAAGAGCACCCCUCACUACAACCGGGAGGUCUCUGAAGCUGAAACAUAUGGUCAUUGGCUGCACAGAGACGGUCGUUAAGCUAAACAAAGUUGAUGGCAUAUUGGCUUUAGGAUUUUCCGUUAGCUCGUGGGCAGAUAAAGCUAGUAGAAACUUCGGUCCCAAGUUCUCUUAUUGCCUGAUGGAUUUUGCAAGCCACAUGAACGUGACGAGUCAUAUCACAUUUGGUCCCAACAAUAAGGUUGCAUCGCACGCCCCUAUGAUUCACACCAAAUUUUUUCUGCCGAAUCCUGGUCAUUAUGGCGUGGACGUAACCGGCAUAUCCGUUGGGGGGAAAAUGCUAGACAUACCAGAGGAAAUAUGGAUAUACAGUAACGUUACUGGUGGGGGGACAAUCAUCGAUUUAGGUUCAAGCAAUGCAUGGCUGUCUGAGCCAGCUUACGAGGCUGUUAUGGCUGAAUACAGAAAGGUCUUCUCAAAAUAUCAAAAAAUAAUAACAGACCCGGCAGAUAUCCCAUUUGAGUUAUGCUUCAAGGCACCAAACAUAGAUUAUUCUUCUGUGCCAAAACUCGCAUAUCAUUUUUUAGAUGGAGCUGUAUUUGAGCCACCAGUGAAGAACUUCGUUGCUGAAACUACACCGGGGAACGGAGAAACAUGUGUUGCCAUUGUCAAGUCUAACACUUACACUGGCACUCUGAUUGGCAACGUAAUGAUGCAAAACUACCUGUGGGAGUUUGAUUUGGAGGAGCAGACAGUCGGUUUCACUCCUUCCAAAUGCGCCUAG